AUGUACUUCCCCAUUGCUAAGGAGAUUUGGAAUAAUCUAAGUCAGGCAUACUCAAUGAAGAAGGAUACUGCAGCAUGUUAUGAAAUAGAAAACAAGAUCUUCAAUACCAAGCAAGGGAGCCUCUCCGUAACAGACUACUAUGGGACGCUGAAUUGUUUAUGGAUCGAGUUAGAUCAGUAUCAAAAUUUGACUAUGCAGUGCACACCUGAUUCUACUACAUUGACACAAUUUAUUGAAAGGAUACGUAUAUUUAAAUUUCUGUCUGGCUUACACUCUGAAUUUGAUCCAAUUCGGGUUCAAAUUUUGGGUAAAGAAAAAAUUCUUUCUCUCUCAGAAGUUUUUCAUAUUGUACGAGGGGAAGAAACUCAGAGACUUCAUGGAAAUGAGAAGGUCCUCGAACGUAUUGGAGGAUUCAAAGGUGCCAUACAAAGACGUGCUAACCACACAUUAUCUGACUCUGAAAGUGUGGAAGACCCAAGUAUCUCACAAGCUGCAAAGGAAGCCCCAGCCCUUAGCAAAGAAGAAUUAGACCAUUUACGUAGUCUUAUGGACUCACUUAGUAAGACAUCUAGCCCUUGUGCUUUAACCAUGACUGGUAAGGGUUCUAGCUUCUUAUCCUUUAAUGCUCCUAGCACUGAGAGUACCUGGAUUGUAGACUCUGGUGCUACAGAUUAUAUGACACCUCAUUCCCUUUCUUUUUCAUCUUACACUAAUUCAUAUGGUCACAAACAAAUCACUGUUGCUAACGGUUCCCAUAUUCCUAUUACUGGAUAUGGUAACAUCCACCUUCAACCUUCUAUCCAUUUAAAAAAUGUGCUUCAUGUUCCAAAAUUAUCUACUAACCUCAUGUCUAUUCAUAAGGAUCUUACCACGGGGAGGACGAUUGGAAUUGCUAAAGAGCAGGACGGGUUAUACUACUUACAGCACAAAAAGACUAAACACCAUCGGGCUACUUUUUCUCCCAGUAAUAAUAAAAGUUCUAAACCUUUUGAUCUUGUUCAUUCUGAUGUGUGGGGACCUUCAGCUAUUAGUAAUAUUUCUGGUGCAAAGUGGUUUGUUUCUUUUAUUGAUGAUUGUACACGAGUUACCUGGAUCUUUCUCAUGAAAGAUAAAUCUGAAGUUUUCUACUUGUUUGAAAAUUUUUACCAAAUAGUUCGAACACAAUUUGGAAGCCUGAUUAAGCGAUUACGUUCUGAUAAUAGCAGAGAAUAUGUGAACCAAAAUUUUUCCAAGUUCCUUAAGGAUAAUGGAGUUAUUCAUGAAUUGACCUGUGUAGACACCCUUCAACAGAAUGGGGUGGCAGAAAGGAAAAAUCGUCAUCUUCUUGAGGUUACUCGAGCAUUACUCUUCCAAACGUCUGUUCCUAAGUCUUACUGGGGGGAAGCUGUCCUAACAGCCACUUAUUUGAUUAAUAGAUUACCAUCUCAGGUCUUAGACAGUGUUAGCCCUAUUCAAUUUCUGACCAAAAUUUACCCCUCUAUCCCUAUUAUGAGUAGUCUUCAAGGUUGUAUCUUUAGUUGUCCUAUUUUUGUUCAUAUUUAUAGUUCUCAUCGGGGUAAGUUGGAUCCUCGGGCAAUCAAAUGUGUCUUUAUAGGUUAUACUUCAAACAAAAAAGGAUACAAAUGCUAUCAUCCUCAAAGUCGUAAAUUCUAUAUCUCCAAGGAUGUCACAUUUCAUGAGUCCGAGUCCUUCUUUCCUAGUUCUCAGCUUCAGGGGGAGAGUCUUCCAGAAGCUGAGUUUCUUGAGUCGUCACCUUUUCCCUUGUUGCAGAAUUUCACUUCUCCGGAGGAUAACAAAGACCCUGAAUCAGCAUCACUAUUAGAAAAGAAUAAUGAGGAGAAUAAUGAGGACAUGUUUUUUGGAAAAUAA